AUAACUGUAUUAACAUGAAAAAGAAUCGUUGAUAGGAGUAAGAUAAGUAACUGAAUACAGUAUGUAUUGUAUGAUCUUACCUUUUGUUUCAUUUGUUGCCAUGUCGGAUAUUCAAAUACUUUGACGACGAGUAGAUUAUUUAAUAUCUGAAAAAUACCAGCAUAGAACAAUGUAUUAAGAUUGUUCGAUAAAUAUUUGAGAUAAAUACUGUUUUUGAGAACAACUUGCAUAAUUCUAAUUUGAAUUAGAAUGAAAUGAUGACGGUAUAACACAGAAAUGGUCAACUCUAACUAUUUCUUGCUCCAACUACAAUUACUUAUGACUCGUAGCUGCUCAUCUCUGAUGUAACAUAUAGCUGAAGAGUAUGCAUACUUGCAUCUAAUUUCAUUCUCAUACUUAUCUCGAGUAAAGCAAAAAAAACGAGCAAAAUAAAACUAUAAAAUGUCUUGCACACACACGCACACACAAUCUACUGAUGCUUCUACUAUUUAUAUGCAUUGUAUUCAUGUAUUUAAACGAAAAUUACUCAAGGUAAAUAGUCACUAUGCAAGAGGAAAAAACCGAAAAAGGAGAAAAAAACCCACAGAAUUUCAGAGGGAAAAAAUCCGAAGGAAGAGAAAAAACACGCUGAAUAUAAGUGGGGAAAAAUCUGGACUAUAAAAAUAAAAAAUAUGCUGAAUGUCACAAAAAGGUGUGGGUGUGGAUGUCUCUUAUUCAGUCGCAUCCACACCAAAACUAUAACAAAGGAAAAUAAAUGUGAUAGUCUUUCGAACUAAAAACUGAUCAUCCAAUAAUUAAUCACUGCACAUUAGCACAAUUACAUCCCGUUGCUUCUCUUGGAAAAUCGUUUAUUUUAAUUCUCAAAUAUUCAUAUCUAAUUCUUAUUUCAGCUAGACAAGGUAGAUGUGUUUUAUUUUCAUUUAAGAAUUGUUUCAUAUGAAAAAUACCUAUAUUUUUAAUGAAAAGUGAAGUAAAAUGAGGAUAUUCGAUGUGAUUCAAUAUUGUAUAAUCGGAAACACAAAAUUUUUUCAAGAAUGGAAAAACUUAUGUUUAAAUGGAACCAAAUCGCGUAACCACGAUGUUCAAGUAUUCAAUUAUUGAGUAUACUUGAGGUUUUCAACUAUUCAAGGUAUGAGUGUUAUUGGGUAAGCUGAGUGUUUGUAAGGUCUGAACAAACAGCUGAAAACUUCAGGUAUUCAAUAACUGAAUAGUUAAAUUCAACUUUCAAUUUCGAUACUACUGUUUAUGCCCAUACAUAUUCAUAUAAUUAAAGAGAUUUGUGUUCAAAUAUUCUUGAUGUAAAAUUUAUAAAGAGUGAAGUAUUUUGUUGCUUGAAUUUGAUGUGAUCAUCGUUGUUACUGGCAUCCAGUAUGUUUCAUAGCGUCUAUGCUUUCGUGAAUUGUAUAAAAAUGUCUUUUUAUAGGAACAGCCAUAUAAAAAGUCAAUUUUUUUUCUUUUGCUUGCUCACAUGGUUUGAAAUGAAAUAAUACACUGUUCUUUCCUUCUUUAUGAAAAGAAAAAAAACACUACUGAUUGUUGAUUUAUUAUAUUUUCAUGCUGUUCUUGCUUUUGAAUUCUGAUCAUAAACUACCUUCAUCGCUCGCUUCCAACAUACAUUAAAAAGUAAAAAAUAUUAUCAACAAUUCUAGCACAUUAUUCAUUCAAUUUAAAUUAUUAUUGACGUGAUGAGUUUUUGACUGUUUUCAUACUACAUACUAAUAUUAAUAUUUUUCUCGUCAGUAUUUCACACAAAUAUAAACAAUAUUCUAACUUGAAUUAGCAGAUUAAAAACAGAUUGAUUCGUUACUUUGUAUAGUUUAUGAAGAUUCUUCAUACUAUCUUGUAAUACUAUAAAUAAAUCUAAGUAGAAAAGAAUCGAUUAAUCUUAUAUUUAUUUAGUAGAACUAUCAUUUUAUCUUGAAUAAUCAAAUGUUUUUUGAUAGAUUAUUUAUUAUUCUAUGAAUAAAAAACAGAUAAAACUCGAAAUUCAAAAGAAUGUAGAAUAUCAAUUAUUUCAUAAACAUAGUAGUUGUAAAUAGUUCCUAUCUUAGUUAAAAUGAAUCGAGCUGAACUCAAAUCAGUAAAAGUUAUUGUGAUUUAGUCUUUAGUUAGAGUUAAAUAGAGUGCUAUCAUUAUCAAAUGAUAUAUAAUAUUAAUAAAUUAUGCAGUUAGUCAAUACGAUUUCUCUUCACCAAACAGAUUCUAUCAGUAUUAAUUUCAAGUUUAUAUUUGAGGAAAUGAUUAUUUCAUAUUUUGAUAUUGAUAUGAAACUUAAAAUAUGUUUACUAUUACAUUGCUUUCUUUUUUUCAAAAUGCGAUUGAAGUCAAGCUAAAGAUAAUAAAAUAAGAAAGAAUAAUUAAAUUAAGUUAAAAAAUGUUUUAUCGAUGAAAUUCAAGUUCUUUGAAACUAUCUUGAGGAUGUGGAUGAAAUCAGAACUAUAUAUUAUAUUAAUAUUUUUAUAUAAAUUAAAUUAAAGUAAAUUAUUAAUUUUUUUAUUAUUGUCAAAUAAAACCAUUAUAUUUUAUUUUUAUUAAGAUUCUUAUCAAUCAAAUCAUUCUACAAUUAGUGCAGCGACUAUAUCAAAGAAUUCAAUAACAACAUUAUAUGAAAUGUUAACUCAAUCUCAAUCUCAAAUAAAACACAAAGAAAUUCAAACAAUAAAGAAUGAAUUUCAGCAAUUUGGAAUUACUGUUGCUGGAGGAAAUGGACAAGGAGAUGAGUUAAGCCAACUCUAUUAUCCUCAAGAGAUCUUUAUUGAUAAUGAUAGAUCAAUUUUUAUUGCUGAUUAUUGGAAUUAUCGUAUUGUUAAAUGGAAAUUAAAUUCAAAUCAAGGUCAAAUAGUUAUGGUUGAAAAUGGAAGUGGAAAUGAAAAUGAUCUAGUAAGUUGUCCAGCAAAUAUAAUUUUUGAUAAAAAAUAUAAUUCUUUUAUUAUUUCUGAUACUCAUAACCAACGAGUUAUUCGGUAUUUUGAGAAUAAUCAAACAAAUCAACAAACUCUUAUUUCAAAUAUCAAUUGUUGGGGUCUAACAAUCGAUAAAGAUGGAUUUAUUUAUGUUUCUGAUUGUGACAAGAAUGAAGUAAGACGAUGGAAAUUAGGAGAUAAACGAGGUGAAUUAGUUGCAGGUGGAAAUGGUCAAGGAAGUCACCUUAAUCAACUCAAUUGUCCUACGUUUAUCUUUAUUGAUGAUGAUUAUUCUCUUUAUAUAUCAGAUAAAGAGAAUCACCGGGUAAUGAAAUGGAAAAAAGAUGCAAAAGAAAGAAUUAUUGUUGCUGGUGGAAAUGGUCAAGGAAAUAGUCUCAAACAAUUGUCUUUUCCUCGAGGAGUGAUUGUUGAUCACUUGGGUCAAAUCUAUGUAGCAGAUUAUAAUAAUCAUCGAAUAAUGCGUUGGUGUGAAGGAGAUGAAGAAGGUGAAAUUGUUGUUGGUGGAAAUGGUCAAGGUGAUCAAUUAAAUCAAUUGAAUUGUCCCAUGGGUUUAUCAUUUGAUAAUGAAGAAAAUCUUUAUGUUGUUGAUCAGGGAAA